UACAGAAGACUUUUCAUCAUACAUUCGUGUAAAAGAUCUAAGUCAGUCUGUGGACUUUAGAAACUUGAAUGUGUGCAUUAAUUGAUUUCAAAUACGAAUAUCUUCUUUAUAAACAUAGUUGUUAUUUGCCUACCACACAUCUAGAAAACUUCAACUCUAUUUGCACAGAUAUACGCACAAAAGGAAACCCUGUAACGCAAUUUGAAAUCUUUAUUUUUCGAUAACCAUGUCUUCUCCUUUUAAAAAUGGCGACGAGAGUAGGACGGUUCUUUGGUGCGUUCCGCGGGCAAUCUCUACUGCUUUUGCGAAGUGCCUGAGCUACAUCGAGGACACCGAAGUGUGGUUCGAACCCUACGUCUACACAUACAUGGCAAGAGUCGAGUAUGAGCUGCACAGCAAACUUGUUAUCCCGAAGGAGUAUGAGGGAAAUGAGGAAACCUUCCAGAAGGUUAAAGAGAUGGUCGAUUUGAUUCUUCAAUCAAAAACAGAAGCUGAUCGUCUACCAUACGGAUCGGUAAAGCGUCGCCUUGAAGCCUCUACUGCUAAACACGUGUUUGUCAAGGAUAUGGCUUUUGGAGUUCCUGACGGUUAUCGUCAGUUUCUACCCAAGGGUUAUCGGCAUACAUUUCUAAUCAGGAAUCCUCUCAGAUCCAUCUACUCGUACCGGAAGUCAAUGUUUAAACAAUUUUCUGAGUUAGGGUUGCUAGAAGGUGAUGCAGCCGAUGAAAGUACGUAUGAUCUCGAGCGCCAUGAUCGUUAUUUCGCUCCAGGAUACUUCGUAAAGGAAGUCUACGACCUCUGGAAGUAUCUUCAAGACUCUGGGAUUGAUCCUAACCCUCUCAUUAUUGACGGUGAUGAUCUACUCACCAAACCAGCUGAGACGCUUUCAGCUUACUGUGCUGCAGUGGGGUUGCCUUAUAACGACAGCUUACUCCAAUGGGAUGAAUCGGUAGAAGCCUUCAAGAAGAUGAAAGCUUCCGGCGACAAUGUUCUCAUGGAUGUUGUGAAUUUCUACGGAACUGCCAUGAAAAGCAGUUGCUUUUUUCCUGCAAGUAAACCUGUACCACGUGAUCAGCUACCGGCUGACGUCAUUAGGUGCUCUGAAAAAGUGAUGGCCUACUUUGAUGAAAUGUAUGAAGCUCGAAUAAAAGUUUAGAUGUCAUCAUUGGUAUAACCACCAAUGUUAAUGCACAAGGCCUUGAAAUGGAGUUCCACAAGGUUACAUAUUUGAACCAUUACUCGAU